GACUGCGCGACCUUGAGCCUGGAGCUCCUUUCAUUUCAGUUCGCGACAGAAAUUGUAGGUCUAAUAAUUUGCUUCACUUUGGAUGUAUUCUCCAGUUGAUUUUGAAUUGGUACAGAGCUGAUGGAUGGAUUAUUUACAUUAAAAUUAACGGGAAAAAUUAUCAGAUUUUACAACUGUUAUCUAGUUAGAGAAGAGCAUUUGGUAAAAGAUGAUUUGUGGAUUCGAGAUGGGAUAAUUCUCGAUGGAUUAACUGUAUUCUUUUCUGAAAAGGCAAUGCCAGAUAUUCUCAUCGAUGUUGGCGGGGGUAUUAUUUCUCCCGGUCUUAUAGAUGUACAAGUUAAUGGUGCAUAUGGGUAUGAUUUCUCAAAUCCAGAUCAGGACAUAGAAAAUGUUUGUAACCAGGUUGCGGAGAAACUCCCACAAACAGGAGUCACAGCUUUUUGUCCAACAAUCAUUACUUCCUGUCAAGAAUUGUAUCCAAAACUUAUAUCAAGAUAUCAGAAAUAUGUAAACAAACCUAACUGUUCAAAAGUGCUUGGGAUUCAUCUUGAGGGUCCAUUCAUUAGCACAGAUUGCGCUGGAAUGCACCAAACAGACUACAUAAAGGGAUUCGGUACUGAUCCUAUAAAGUCCAUUUCAGAGAUUUACGGUCCCAAUCUUGACAGAGUUAAGAUGAUUACAAUUGCGCCAGAAUUGGAAGGUGCUACAACAGCUGCAGCAUACUUAUCUUCACUAGGUAUCGUAGUGUCUAUUGGUCAUACCAACUGUGACUACGAGUCGGCAGAAUCUGUUUUAUCUUCAGGAGCAACUUUCGUCACUCAUCUAUUCAAUGCUAUGCCAUCUUUCCAUCAUCGUAAAGCCCACAUCUUCGGCUUAUUUGCUAGUACUAAGACACCACUCCAUAUUGGGCUAAUCGCUGACUUGGUGCAUUCACAUCCAGCUGCUCUACGUUUAGCAGACGCAAUUUCACCUGGUCAUGUAACCCUUGUCACAGAUUGUAACACCGCAUUCGGCCUUCCAGAUGGCUCGUAUACAUUCGGUGAGCAAAAUAUUCAAGUAGAAGCUGGCAAGGCAUACAUUGCUGGUACAAAUUGUUUAGCUGGAGGCACUACGCCAUUGUUAACUUGUGUCAGAAACUUCUGGCUAGAAGUCACCCGUGAGAAAAUCAACGCUGAAUCCAGUGUUCCAAAGGAGUGGGCUGGACUUGGAUACGCACUGGCAGCAGCUAGUACAAGGCCAGCAAGUGUUCUUCGCCUUUUAUCUUCAAAUGCAUCAAACUCAGAACAUAAGUCAAGUUCCGAAUCCAUUUUGCCCUUGGGAACAUUAAGCUCGGGUUCUUCUGCAGACUUCAUAAUUAUACGCCCAGUAUUAAGUGAGACAAGUCCAAAACCUGAAAUUAAACUGUUAUGCACUUGGAUCAAUGGUAAACCUGUUUACUUCUGCUCAGAUUAUCAUGCCUAUAUCAAUAUAAAAUCCUCGACGUAGUAUUUUCUAACAUAGUUUAUCGUUUUUUUACCAAAUGAUUGUUUACUAUACCAUUCAAUCUUGACUAUUCGAAAAUACUUUUACGAAAUAUAAACUAGUUUUUAUAUAUCAAAUGGUUCUCUAAAUUUAUUCACAGGAAAAAUGUGAAUAUAUUCAUAAAUACAGGCAACUGUCAUUCUGAUCGGUCUUAUGACAAAAUAAAUUAAUCAAUUACAAUAUGGGUCUAAUUGGAACACUUUGUAUGUGUCGCUGGUAAGCCAUACAUAUAAGGCCGUCCUCAGAUAAGUUGUGAGCAGAAUGUCCUAAUUAGACCAAUACUAUCAAUGAUUAAUUCGUACUGAAAUUCCACGCUGGUUCCAUAUACCUUGUGACUCAAUCGCUUGGAUUAUUACUUCCCAGUAGGGCACCGUCAACUAAGUGCUCAGAAUUUAACGUCCUAUCACAGGUAAAACCUACACUCCAUGAUUACCCACCAACCUACAAGGGAUGAUCAGACUUCCAAUGUAAGUGUUCAACUUACUCAACUACCUCAUUCCUGAUCACUACUUUGGGCUUUGACGCAGACCAAUGACAUAGCCAAACAGAACUAGCCGAUUAAUGUCAUUUGAUGGCAACCACAUAUGACUUAUAGGACAACUGCAUGUGAUUGGCUAAGGAAUGGAAUCAUUUUCUAAGGGGUAGUAAUAUAUAUACAUAGUAGUAUUUUAUAUAUCGUUCGGUAGCCCAACAGACGUUCUGUUCCACUCUUGACUUCUCUCUCAAAUAGUUUGAGAGUUUAGUGAGUAACACGUUGCGCAUCGGUGUCAGAUCUCGAACACUGCUUAUCAUAACAACCAGUGUUGAAGCGCAAUUUUCAAUAGUAUAGCCGUUCAGGGCGAUUUACAAACUGCAUUUUGUUAGCGUCUUCACUAAAUAAAAGUACCCCUACGUUCUAAGUUUAUAAACAAAUCUAACAGUAGAAGAUUGAGCAGUGGAAAAUUAGCAUAGAGAGGCUAAGUUUUCAGCCCGAAUCCCAGAAUAGUAGAAGCAGUAACAUUAUGAGUUGUCUUUGAAAAGAUUAGGCAUAGAAGACACGAUUCAAAAUAUAAAUCAGUGAGAUAAAAACACGGAGAAUGUUAUGAGAAACACAGGAUUUGGGAGUCAUUCCAAACGGUUUCGAGCCAUAUAAUUAAAGGUUUUUAACCAUUGGUUUCGAUGAUCAGGUGGACCCCAACUCAGGUAGUCUACACCUAUUAAGAAAACUCAUUCCAACAGUCAGUGGCUUGAAUUGAUGCCAUGUUCUUGGUUUGGUCGCCUCUAGCCUUGUUCCAGACUACUACACCACACAAGCUUGCCCGUCGAGUUGGGCCGUGGCUAGACAUACGUGAAAUAUAACUCACACGCUUCAGUUGAUGAAAGUUUACAACCCCACUGAUUGAUUUAGCAUCCUUACCUAAUACCCUAUUCCUGGCCCACUGCUUACUUCAUGAUCACAAAAUACACAAGGAAUGCUUUAAAGAAACCUAUGAUCGAAUGCUAGUAACUUGGGAACAUCUAUUCUUAAAAGCCAGGUUUCACAUCCGUAAAGUAGGACGGAACAGAAUGUUGAGCAAUAAACUUGCCCUAUGGUUGGCGAAAACCAGUAGGGCUUUCUACAUCCGUGACAGGACUUCACCAGGACUGAAGAGACCCUCGAAAUAUGUAAGGCGGUCGAUAGUCCAAGCAACUAUCAGUUCAGUAGACGCCGCUGAAAUCCACCGAAUUUUUUUAACCUUUUGAUUUAAUUUACUAGUAUAUAUCACUUCUAUUUCCACAGCUUUUUAGAUAUCAUGCCAAGCUACACCAGGGUGAACAUCAUUUUUAUAGUUGACUAACUCUAGGUGUUUCUGAAAUAUAUUUUCAACUUUUAUUAAUUAGAACUUAACGGAGUUUUCUCGCAGUGGAUUUUCUGUGUCCAGUAAGAUGCAAACAAAUAUGUGCUCAAACAAGAGCAUGAUGUGAGUCUAAUCAUGUACUCGAGGAUGAAUGACAGUCUUCUAUCGAGUCCUUCCAACGAUGGCUGAUGACGAUUUGGUCUAUUUGAGUCAAUCGUUGAGUUGAUUGUGGAGAUCGCUACAUCAGACGUUUCUCCUUAUGUUUAAAGUUGGUGUUUUCCAGAAAUAGACGGUUACCUGAACAAAGUUGUAACAGACAGUUGCUAUUAUCUGUUUGCUGAGCCGCAACA